AUGAUAGGGGGUGUGUGGUGUAAUAUCAUUAAAUUGCUGGACAAGGUAUCGCUCGAUAACAAACCGCUGAAACAGUAUAUUGUUGGCAAAGUGGGUUCGGGGGAGUUGAUUCAGUUCUGGUUUGACCCUUGGUUGAGCAUCGGUCCUCUGUUUCUUAGAUUCCCUGCAUUGUUUCAACCGGAGAAAAAAAAAGAUUGUAAGAUAGUUGAUAGGAUUGGUUUUGUCGGAGGGAACUCAAGAUUCAGGUGGCAAUGGAAGCGAAAUCUGAGCGUAGGCCAGGAAAUCGAUGAACUGAUUGAAUUAAGUAGCUUACUGAUUAAUAUUGAUUUAAAUGAUAACACGGAUAAAUGGGCUUGGUUGGGCUCAGUCGAUGGGCAGUUCAGUGUGGGCUUGGUGAAGAGUCUUUUGACGAAAAAUCUGGGUUUUCAGGGGUUGUAUAUCCCGUCUAGAUGCAAAUGGAUUCCCCGAAAAUGUAAUAUUUUUAUUCGGAGACUCGGUAUGGAUAAACUUGCAACUAUGGACGCGCUUAAGAAAAGGAAUAUAGAUAAUGGGGAUCAAACUUGUGUGCUUUGUGGUGAGGAGGACGAAUCGGUUGUUCAUCUCUUUACUUCGUGUUAUAUGGCUUCGUCUCUUUGGUCGAUUAUAAGUAGUUGGUGCAAAAUCCCUUCGAUUAUGGCUUUUUCUGUGAAGGAUCUUCUGGAAACGCACGAGAAUAUCGGGCUCAAAGGAAGGAAAAAAGAAGUUAUUCAAGGUAUCAUUAGAAUUGGAUGUUGGUGUAUUUGGAAGGCUAGGAACGAAGCUAGAUUUAACAAUAUUCCUGCGAAUUUGGCGGGGAUUAUCAGGGAAUUGAAGUCGGUAGGGUUGUUUUGGCUUAACUCUAGAUCUAAGGAUUUAAAUGUGAGUUGGAGAGAGUGGUGUAGUUUCGUUAAUAUGUAA